GAGAGUAAAGGUUCAAUACGAAUGAAAGAGAAGGAAUACGAGAGGGACCCAACGGGGAUGAAACUUCCUCUUGACAUAAAGAUACUCAAGACAAGAAGGCUUGCAGGAGAGCGGAUAGGAGAGGCAAUAUGAAGACGAUAUCCACGCACGAAGAGGAAGAGGAGAAGGCGGCGAUAACCGGCAGGCGUGUAAAGGAUGUGGUUAAGUGUGAAGCGCCGUGAAAGAUUUUUUUCUUGCGAAAAAUAUAUUCUUCUUCCGGCUGAUGUUGUAAAGUAAAGCAACAUGCCCGGUCUGUGUCCACGGUGCAAGAAGUCAGUGUACUUCGCGGAGGAGAAGAUCGUGCUCGGCCGCCCAUACCACAAGAUGUGCAUCAAGUGCGCUAACUGCAACAAGUUGCUUGAUAGCAGCACCUUUACAGAACACGAGGAAGAAAUGUUUUGCAAAAAUUGCUACGGCAGAUUAUUUGGGCCUAAGGGGUAUGGCUAUGGUAUUGGAGCUGGGGUGCUCUCUAUGGAUGAUGGGACCAAAUACCAGAAUGGACCCCCCACAAGCAAUAUCCCUGCUGUCAUGGAAGCUUAUGUUGCCCCGCUGAAAGAACCAGCCCCCACCGUGAAGCCCUUGAGGCCCAAGUGGGGAGGCGCAGACUACUGUGUCAGAUGCUCUAAGCAAGUAUUCAUGGCUGAGCGCCUGAUGGCUGCAGGAGGAGCCUGGCACAAGGCUUGCUUCAAUUGCCGAGAAUGCCACAAACGUCUUGAUUCACAUUCUAUCCGUGAGCGUGAACAGGACAUCUACUGUAACCCCUGCUAUGGGAAGAACUUUGGCCCAAAGGGAUACUGGGGUUGGUCCUCUGCCAAGGUGUCCUAAAUGAUGCAAGGAAAUUCUGUCAAAAAUUACAGCAUAAGCUUCAGAUCUCUAAUAUCUACAGAAGCUUACAUAAACUAUAGAUACAUUAUGUGUUGUCACUGUAAUGUUUUGUCCUUCACACAUAUAAAAAAAUGUGAGCAGUCUUCUUUUCUUUUUUCAUGUGGAAAUUAUAAUCAUUGUAGAAGACUACUAUAUAUUUUUUUCUUCUUCUUUUUCUUUUUUCUUUCUUUAUUUUCUUUUCCUUUUUUGUCUUCUUUUUCUUUUUCUUUCUUUCUUUUCUUCCCCUCUCUCAAAAUCUUAAUUUAACUUUAGGGCAUCAUACGUAUUUCAGCGUCAUUAGGAAACAUUUCCAUCUGCCAUUUUUUUUUCUUUCCUUCUUUCCUUUUCUUUCUUUUCUUUCUUAUCAUAUUUGGUUUAUUCCAAAGUUUAAUAUUAUAACAAGCACCUGUAUUUUAUACUUGGUAUAUUUUAUCCAUUUGAAAGAACAGUUAGAACAGAGAAAAUGAUUCAAAAUGAUAUGGCAUUUGAUCAGUGAAGAAUCUCAGUUGUGUUUUGAUAGUUACAAAUGCAUAUGUAUUUGUUUAAUAUAUGAGAGGUAAUUUCACACAGUCAUUCCUCUUCUUCAAACCACUUUUUAAUUUUUAUAGGAUCAAUUAUAGAAUGACUUCAUUGAAAAUUCAUAACUCAUUACACUAUAAUUUGGACCCCUAUUAGUCCAACAAAUUAGGUAUCAGAUGGGUGCCAGAGUAAUUGAUUUUCAGAACAAAUCAAGCUAAGGAUAAAAAUUCAAAGUAUUGCACACAAUAGACUUUACUUGCUGGUUUUAUAAGACCGAAUUUUAGAUAGACAUAAGCAGUAUGGGGCGCAAUGGUGCCACAGUUGGCCAGACAGCAGGAUUGCAAACUUAUGACUAAGAGAUUUAAGUCACUCCAGAAUAAUCAGAUCUGCCAGACUAGUGAGGGUCAGACUGUAUAUGAGACCAUUUUCUGAUGCAUUCGAAAGUGUAAACAUAUGAAAACACCUUUUUGAACA